AUGCUUAACAAAGACUUGCAAAAAGUGGUUGAGUUUAUUGUGGAGUAUCGCAAACCACCCGAACUAAAGCCAUUGAUCGACAAGUCAGUCCACUUCUUAAUAACACCGGAAUCGCUUCAAAAUGUCAAAGAUCGCUCCAAAAUCCCUAAAUUCCGAAUCAGCGGUCAAUUGGAGUCAACGGUCUGUAAGAUAACGGAACCGUUCACUGGAGAGCUAUGUGUUGAACAAUGCGAUGCAGUCAUCAGGAGUAUUGAACUUCAGUUGGUCCGCGUCGAGACCUGUGGAUGUGCUGAAGGAUAUGCUCGCGAUGCCACUGAAAUUCAGAACAUACAGAUAGGGGAGGGAAAUGUGUGUCGAGGAGUG